UUCGCACAGCAACGCCACCAGCAGCAGGCAAAUAUAGCGAUAGUGAUAGUGAUCUCCGCCAGCAACAUAUCCAUCAUCCGGGAGAGUCAUGCAGGUUAAGUGCCUCAUCGUCUGCCUCGCUUUGGGGCUAUUGAUGCUGGCCACGCCCAUUUGCGAGGCGCGCCGUGGGCGUGGCCGUGGACGCACCAAGUCCAGGGUGCAGAUCGGACUGCCAAUUACCGGAAAGUAUCGCGAUCCGGAGUCCGAUCAGUACUACAACAACAAUAAUGGCGCCAAAAUCCUGCAAGCCUCGCACUUUGAUCUUGAGUACGUGCUGGGCCACAAGAUCGCCUUUCUGUGCGUGGCCAAGGGUAAUCCCCGACCGCACAUCACCUGGUACAAGGAUGGGGCGGAGAUCUACCAGCACCUCUACAUGCACGUCCACGAAUGGCGCAUCGGCGACGACAAGGUCAAGUCGAAGAUCGAGAUUGACCCGGCCACGCAGAUGGACGCUGGACUCUAUGAGUGCACCGCCGACAACAUGUACUCCAUCGAUCGGCGCAGCUUUAAGACGGAUUUCUCCAUUGCCUUCGACUGAUCACAGCCAGCCAUUAUCACUUCAAUUUUGUUGCACUUGGCAAAACAUAACAAAUAAAUUUGAAGUGAAUCUGAAGCAUUUUUUUGUAGAAUCUAUCAGCUUUACAUGAAGUUAGUCUAUAU